AAUUAUUGUAAAAUAAAUCAAAGAUUAUUCAGUAGUUCAUUGGAAAUCGCUAAACAAACAACUUAACUAAAUGGCGGCAUAUCAAAUUUAUACAAUAUUUAUGGUGUUAUUGUUGAUACAGUCCACUUUUUGCAAAUCCUUAGGCGACACUGCCAACUCAACUGAUUCCUCCACCCAAGAAAUACAACCCAAACAAGAUCUUUUACUCUAUACCGCAUUGACCUUCCUGUCUAUAGGUCAAUCAUAUGCCGAUAAAGCAGUCAAUGUAAGCCGCCUUCUACUAAAAGAUGCAGAUUUGCUGGCCAAUGAUCAAGCAGAAGUCUUGCAGUUUAAAUCAAAUUUAACCCAAUUUGUGGCAAAUUAUGAUGGCAACAAAGAAGCCGAAUCAAUUUGGGAUGUAAUGGAAAUUUUUGUCAAAAUAACCGAUUAUUAUUAUGAUCUUCCUGAGGCAAAACAAACAUCAGAAUCCAAAUUUAUUGUUAACCUUUUAAACAAAUACAAUUUUAAAGAAGUUGAAGCACACUUGAUCAAGGAAUUUGAGAAUUUUGUGGUGAGUUUCAAGCAGUUAUUUGAAGAGACUAAAUCAUAUUUGGAAAAGCCUUUGUUGGAUUGGUAUGAGAAGUUUAUAACUUUAGAAGAUACUGAGGAGAAAAUUGAUGCUGUUGGUGAAUUUGUAGAAUUGGCCUGAGUGUAUAAUUUAUAAAUUUAAUAAAGAAUUUAUUGUAAAACAAAACAAA